AUAAUGGCAGCGAACAUGUUCGACAGGUCAGAGACAUUGCCCCCCACCACCCAGUGGGACAUGGUUGGCCCAAGGACUGCAGUGAGAUCCCCACUGGCAGCCGCAGUGGUGUCUACAUCAUCCAGCCAAAAGGGCUUCACCAUCUCGUGGUGUUCUGUGAAAUGAAUGUGACAAACGGGGGCUGGACGGUCAUCCAGAGAAACCAGAAAGACACAUCAGUCACCUGGGCUGAGUCCUGGAGCACCUACAAGUAUGGCUUUGGGAACGUGCGCAGCGAGUACUGGCUGGGCACCGAGUACAUCCAUCAGAUUGCCAAGCAGAAGGUCUACCAGGUCAGGUUUAUCAUCCAGGACUCCACAGACAACAUCAAUUUUGCAGACUACAACCUCUUCAGUGUGGAAGAUGAGUCCCACGGCUACCGGCUGAGGCUGGGUUCCUACACAGGGACAGCAGGGGAUGCCAUGACCUCAGACAAUCCCAACACCAUGCAUGACAACAUGAAGUUCUCCACAAAGGAUCAGGAUCAGGACACUUACAGUAAGAACUGUGCCUACAGCUAUGAGGGCGGGUGGUGGUAUUCAGCGUGUUACUCUGUACGGCUGAAUUUCAAGGGCG